UAACCAAUUGCCUGAGGGCCGAUAGUGCAAGUUUUCCUGUAUAUAAGGAGCACACUGGGCACUGAACGUGCCCUACAAUUUUUGCUACUUUGCUUCUAGGGUUUUCGUUCUCUCUUUCCUCCUUUAAGAAAUCGAAAACUUAAACAUGAGUCGGCAUCCUGAGGUCAAGUGGGCACAAAGGGAGGACAAGGUAUAUAUUACAGUGGUGCUUCCAGAUGCUAAAGACAGCAAGGUCAAUCUCGAUCCAGAAGGAGUUUUUACAUUCUCUGCUACUGCAGGGGCUGACAACAAACCUUACGAACUGAAACUGGAUCUUCACGAUAAAGUUAAUUUAGAGGAAAGCAAAAUAAACAUAGGCGUGAGAAAUAUAUUCUGUGUAUUUGAGAAAGCGGAGAAGAAAUGGUGGGACAAAUUAUUGCGUGGAAAUGAGAAGGCGCCUCACUAUCUUAAAGUAGAUUGGGAUAAAUGGGUUGAUGCAGAUGAGGAUGGUGCUAGUUCUGGUCCUGCAGAUUUAGAUAUGGGUGGUAUGGAUUUCUCGAAAUUUGGUGACAUGGGAGGCAUGGGUGGCCUUGGAGGAAUGGGCGGCAUGGGUGGCCUUGGAGGAAUGGGUGGCAUGGGUGGCCUUGGAGGACUGGGCGGCAUGGGUGGCCUUGGAGGACUGGGUGGCAUGGAAGGCAUGGGUGGCCUUGGAGGACUGGGUGGCAUGGAAGGCAUGGGUGGCCUUGGAGGCAUGGGUGGUCUGGGAGGUGAUGCUAUGGGGGACGACUUUGAGGAUAGUGACGAUGAAGGCCAAGAAGUCGGAAAACCUGCAGAGAAAGCUGAUGACAAGGUAGCUGAAGCCCCAGAGGGCAAAACCGGAUCUGCCUCUAGUUAAAUGAUUGUGUAAUUCAGGCCUUGUGCUUUCAGCUGGAGUUUUUACAUUUGGUAACAUAACGAAUGCAUGCAUUUCCUAAUAGAACGAAGAUUAUGUUAUAUGUUAUUUGUGCUGAAGAAAUAUUGCUAUUCGUCCUCCGGGCAGACGUUUGUCUAUCCAUUUUGAGGUAUUGUAUCUUAGCCAAAUUAUGAGUGGAUUUUGUAUUGAAUGGUUUUGAACUACAAAUUACUUCGCAUUCUAUUGAAAAGACGAAAUGAAAUGCAUGCAAUGAUGCUACA